CGUAAGUUUCGUCCAUUAGUCAGGCAACUACACUUUCUCAGCUAUAGUACUUGACUAGUCAUAUUUUACAACGGAAACUAGGUGGAUUCUCGUAGAGGUUUGAAGGGGAAGUUAUUUGAAUUUCAACGCAACCGAAUGGACACGUACCACAUCGGCACUGCUCCUGUUGAGGAGCAAUUAUCGGAUAAUAAAACAUCCAUCCAUCCUAUCUUACAAACAGGGUUUUUCAUUAACGAUUGCUGACAGAGAUGAUCCACCCAUGUACCCACACGCUAUUCAUUGAGCCCGGUAUAAAACUAUGACCAAAUUCAAGUUCUCAACGCAUCUUUCCAUCAAAUGAAGGUACUCGUUCUAGGCGCCUCUGGAUUCAUCGGCUUCCCUGCCGCCCAAGCACUCGCGCGCGCAGGCCACAUCGUUUACGGCCAAACCCGCUCUGCUCAAAAAGCCAAACAGCUCGCUGCUGAAGAGAUCAUACCCGUCAUCGCUGGACCAGUCUCACCCAAAUGGCUCAACCUCGUCCCCACGAUUGACGUGGUCAUUGAUGCUAUCGGCGGGAGCGCUGAUAUCUCCUCCCUCUCAAACGAGAUUUUGCAGGCUGUCAUAAACACCAUCAAGUCCUCACGCGAUCCCAGCGCGCCAAAGCUCACGUACGUGUAUACGUCCGGGACUUGGGUUCAUGGAGACAAUCGCACAGAUAUUGUCACCGACACCAGCCCACUGACUAAUCCUGUGGAGAUCGUCAAAUGGCGUCCAGCUCAAGAACAGCGGGUCAUUACAGAGUCAACCCUGAACGGCAUCGUUAUUCGCCCCUCAAUGCUCUACGGGCGUUCCGGGUCAAUUCUAGCGUCUGUGUUUGGAGAAGCGGAGAAGGCAAAGAAGGAGGGGAGGAAGAUGACCUUCGCGGGAAAACCUGGAGGGAGGUUCGCGCUGAUUCAUGCCGACGAUUUAGCGGAUUUGUAUGUGAGGGUGGCAGAGAAAGCCGCAAUCUGCGGAGGAAGAGCAUUUGAUGCUGCGAACGAUUUCACUGAGUCGGUUGAUGAGGUUUUAGCAGCCAUUGCGAAGGUUGCAGGGGUAAAGGAGGGUUUCGCGUACAGGGAACCAGCCAACCGUAAGUGAUAUCACUUUAUCUUCGUCCUUUCGACUGAAACUUUCUUUCAGCUUUCGAAAGUGCUGUAGCGACGACGGCUCUGCUGAAGCCUUACCUUGCUCGGGCACUUCUUGGGUGGCAGCCACGAA